GCAGAAGCCCGCCGCUAGCCUUGGCGGUGCGCCGGGUCAUCUGUGGGCUUUGGGAAGAUCCCCCAAUUUUCUCUCUGCCCGAGCAAAACCGCCCAGGAUAAUUUCCUCGGCGCAUUGUCGACUUGAGGUCUACAGUCGUUCCAGUCUCAGCAAUUCUGCGAGUCGGAUUGGUAUUUGCCAGGCCUCGUGGGCAUCCCCAGGCCCUUCAGCGACACCCUGGACUGCCCCGGAGCAGUUCUCUUCCCCCUCUCUGCUCACGCAGAUUUCCUCUUCUGCGACCUCACGGUCCUCUCGCUCUUGAUCCUCUCUCCUCCCCGCUGACACCGCUAUUAUUCCGACCAUCAUGUCGACCGUGAGGACGGCCAAACCCGCCGUGGCCGACGGGGCAGGCAGCGCAAGCCGUAGAGCACAGCCUGUGCGCCAGACACGAAUCAACCCGCAGCGCACCUCGUCGCUCAAUCGCGCCAACGCGUUCGCAAGCGCCCCAGCUCGAGAUCAGCCCAUCGACAUUUUUCCUGGAGUGACACACUUUGCCGACGCCAUCACCGCUCUUCCCAAAGAACUAGUCCGACAUUUUACACUGCUAAAGGAGGUCGACGCUAAGAUUUUCACUCCUGAAGCCGCCCUCUUCCAGCUCCUCCACGAAGCCCUCAACGCGCCCGCUCCCGAACCGGCCCGACUGCUCAAUGAUGCAUCGAGCAGCGCCGCGUCCGUGUCAGCGCCCAUACCGGCGCCGGGCAGCAACGCCGGAACUUCGGCCCCUUCCAACGACGGCUCCGCCGUUUUCGACCCGGCCAACAUCCCUCGUCGCACGCUCUUCCGAGAUACCGCUCUCAAGAUACAAGAAAUGCUGGUGUCCCUAGAGGAGAAGAAUCAUGUCCUAGCGACUGCGAACGAUGCUCUCCAAAAACAACUGGGGCGCAUCGAGGAGAUUUGGCCGCACCUCGAGAACGAGUUCAGCGAUGAAGCCAAAUGGGGAAGCACAACACACUGGGCCUAUGUGGAAAAUAGGCAGGCCAAGGCCAAUGACAAACAAGCGGAGCGCUCACGGCGCGAGGGUGCAGCUACCCUCUCUGCGGCCGCCCAGCAGCUGGCCGAGGAAGCCGCCGCUCGCAGCAGUGAUAGAAAACAGGCCCUGGCGGUCAAGAAAACCCCGAGGACUCAAGUUGCUGAGGCCGAUGGGGACAAGGCGCAAGAUACCGGGCGAAAACCGCAAGGGGGUGGCAAACGAAAACCUCUUCCCGAUGGCACGCCGGUGGGCCUCGGUAUUACCACCGGCCCUCCAGGCAACGGGAGCGCCCCCUCCAAGCGACGCAAGGUUGAGGCGGUGAAGCCUAACGGAGGCACUCCGGCGGAGCGUGCAAUGAGCUCUGUCUUUGGAAACAGCUCCUCCAAACAAAAGACAACGAGCCCGAGAUCGACACCCGCUCCCGAAGGCGGGGCCAAGAAGCGCAAGGCCCUUCCGACGUCAAGCAACCAGGCAAAGAAGAGCAGGACUAACGCGGCUACAUCUUUAUCCGUCACAUCAUCCCCCGUCAUCGGGACAUUUCCGGAUCCUGUUAGAGGUGGGCAAGGCUCACCCGUUCCGCCGGCUCCUCCUCUGCGGCCCGCCUCGUCUCGGGCACGCCAGAAUUCUACUCAGUCGAACAUUGAAAACGCACGACAGAGGCCCCCAUCAGCAGCAUCGAGCAAGGUGAAUGGGAACCAGCCAGGGACACCUGAUCCAAGCCAGCAGAGCAAUGGGGCAAAGCAAACCGCAGACCCUAAAGCCCAGAAGGAGACGACCGUCCCGGUCUCAAGCAAGCCUCAGCCGGUCAAGUCGGAAAUCGAAGAUCCCCCUGUUCCAACACUCGAGCUACAACAAAAUGGUGGGAGCAACAAGAAGGAGAACGCCGCCGCAAAGACAACCGAGGAGCGCGAGGCGCCGAAGAAGGAGCCAGCAGCCCUCACCAUCCAAUCCACCCCGGCAAGCGCUGUCAAAACUACCAAGAGCGGCCGCGCGAGCAAGCCAUCGACUCCUGCAUCAGCAACCUUUGCCGAGGCCGCUUCGUCAUUGCCCGCAACCACGACUACCACGACGACGUCAUCCCGAUCUAGACCGUCGCGCAGCAAUGCCGACACGGCUAGCACCAGCAGUAUCAGCACCGCCGCUGCUAGCACGGCUACUACAACUGUUAAUACCGUGGCAGCGGCGGCGAAGAGGAGCCACAAAAAGGGCGCAUCUAUAUCCUCCGCCGCCGCCGCAGCAGCAGCAGCCGGAACUCACGCAAACGCGCACCAGUCUGUCACAACCGUUGGCAGCAUGAACAGUCCUACCACCACCACCAGCAACAGUCACAACAGCAUAUCUUCCACAGUAGACAAAGACAGGGACAGGGACAAGGAAAAGGAAAAGGAAAGAGAAAAGCCCCCUGUGCUUGGCGCUGCUCCAUCCAACACCAGUGCCAUCGCCUCCACCAUCACCUCAGGACACAGUAACGGUGGCAGCAGCAGCAUCAACAGCAGUAGUGGCCACAAUAGCAACAACAACAUCAAUACCAACAAUACAAACCACGGCAACAAGAAGCAGCGCAAGGAUGCAUGGCGUGUCAAAGGAGGAGAAGACCGCGACGACAAGGAUGUUGACGACGACGACGAGGAAGAUGACGAGCAGGAGCCCGACCCCAACGAGCCCGUCUACUGCUACUGCAACCAGGUCAGCUACGGCGAGAUGGUGGCGUGCGACGGCGAAGGGUGUCCGCGCGAGUGGUUCCACUUGGAAUGUGUCGGGUUGAAGGUUGCGCCUAAGUUGAAUGCAAAAUGGUACUGCGAGGAUUGCAAGAAGCGGUUGAAGGGCGCCGACCGGGAGAGGGACCGUGACCGGGAGUCCUCUAGGAGGUGAUCUAUCGGUUUCUACUGGACACCCCAAGGGCCCUGGUGUCUCUAUUCCUACACUUUAUGCCCUAGCCACCUUGCGGAAAUGUUCAUUGCUAUAUAGCGGAUGCAAGCGAGCAGGUGGUUGCAUUGCUUUGCGUUUGCUUUUCCGUCGUUGCUCACGCCGUCUCGGCGAUAACGCUGCCCGUUUAUAAUGCUAGCCUGAACCACUCUGCAAGAGGCACAGAGACAGACAGACAGGAAAGUUAUGGAAGGGGGGAUGGAGCGUCGGCGGGAGAUCUGGUCAUCUGGAUGUUUGUAUUUCACUGGAGUUCCGGCUUGAAGAGCUAUCUAUCCUUAGCCGGGUUGUUGGGAUGGCAGCAGAGAGAAGCUGGGGCAGCGGCGUGGGGGGAACGAAAUUGUUUUCUCAUGUUUGUAGUAGUACCCUAUGAGUAGUGUACAUCCUUAUCAAUGUAUGGGUCUAUGUUGAAGCUGCC